AUGGAUAUUUCAUUUCUUUACCUGCUGUUGUGCUUUUUUACCCAGUUUUUUAUCGUAUUAGCUGGACGGGAUUUUUACAAAAUUCUUAACGUACCACGUGAUGCGAAUAUCAAUAAAAUCAAGAAAGCUUAUCGCAAACUAGCUAAAGAAUUGCAUCCUGAUAAGCAAAGUAGUAAUCCUUUGGCACAAGAGAAAUUUCAAGAUUUAGGUGCAGCAUAUGAGGUUCUCAGUAAUCCAGAAAAGAGGAAAGUGUAUGAUCGUUAUGGUGAAGAAGGUUUGAAAAAUAUAGGUAGUGAUAGUAACGGAUUUCAUGAUCCGUUUUCCUCGUUUUUCGGUGACUUUUUUGGUGGCAGCAGACGCCGUCAGGAGGGAACUCCUGUUGGUGCUGACGUUGUAUUAGAUUUAUGGGUCACUCUUGAAGAAGUAUAUAACGGAAAUUUUAUUGAAAUAAAAAGAGUAAAACCGAUCUACAAGCAAACAAAAGGUACGAGAAAGUGUAAUUGUCAUGAUGAAAUGAGAGCCGAACAGUUAGGUGCUGGUAGGUUCCAGAUGUUUUCAGUGAAAGUGUGCGAUGAAUGCCCCAGUGUUGUACUCAAACAGGAAACCCGAUUUGUUGAGGUUGAAAUUGAAGUGGGAGUGGAUGAAGGACAAACUCAGACAUUCUCAGGAGAAGGUGAGCCUCAUAUCGAAGGCCAACCAGGUGAUUUGAUAUUUGUGACUAGAAUUGAAAAGCACCCGGUCUUUGAGCGCCGUGGUUUGGAUCUUUACACCAAUAUUACCAUAUCAUUACAAGAUGCAUUAAAUGGAUUCAGAAUGGAAAUAACUCAUCUUGAUGGACAUAAAGUUGAGAUUGUUCGGAACAAAAUAACUUGGCCAGGGGCACGAAUUCGAAAAAAGGAUGAAGGGAUGCCUUCAUUUGUAGACAAUAAUAAGAAAGGGAUUCUUUAUAUUACGGUAGAUGUUGAUUUCCCACAUGGUGAAUUAACUUCUGAACAAAAGGAAGUUAUAAAGUCACUUCUUAAACAAGACUUUAUUAAACCAAAGGUUUACAAUGGGUUACAGAUGUCAAAGGAGUGA